AUGGUCGCCAGGAAGCUCAGGGUCGCCUGGAUUGAGCUUAGCUCCCGAGAUCUACAGUCUCAGCCCUGUCGCUCGGAAGGUAAACGCGUAGAUUUGGUCGCGGCACCUGAUCAGUUGCCUUUCGACGCUUUUGAGGGCGAUGUAGGCGGCGGCAGAGCCGGAUAUGGCGUCGGACACAUUGCCAAUCAUGUUGAGCUCCUCGUUGAUUUUGUUCAGCUUGGAAGCUUCGCCGAGGAACAAGAGUCGAUGGUGGACAAGAGAGGUUUCCACUUGGGCAAGAUUGUGUUUGAUGAUUUGGCGCAUGUCGGUGCUCCGUUCGGCGACCAGGAUGGCGUCCUGGACCGCAUUCAAGACGCGGCACACGAUUUUCCUGGCGCGUCCCAUAAACCCGGUGGCGCGAGUUACAAGCCGCGCGCGCGACACCGUGUUGAUGUCUGGCUUGAAGCUCUGCACUACACACACCAACUGAGGGGUCAGCUAAAUCCAGAUAACCUGGAGCUUACCUCCUAG